AUGUCACUCCUGGCUCCCAGGGGAAUCGUCAACACUUUCGGUGUGUUCCAAAGCUACUAUGAAGAUGACUUGCUUUCCAAUUACUCCGCCUCCUCUAUCUCCUGGAUUGGCACUGUCCAGGGCUUCCUUCUCUUCCUUGUCGGAGUGGUCGUUGGUCCCGUAUUCGAUAGAGGGCAUCUCAAAAGCCUUGUCAUCAUCGGAUCAUUCUUCGUGGUGUUCGGUCUAAUGAUGACCUCGCUGUCAACUGAAUACUAUCAAGUGUUCCUUGCUCAUGGUGUCGCUGUUGGAAUCGGAUGUGCAUUUCUCUUUCUUCCUAGCAUAGCUGUUGUCACAACUUAUUUUACCUCGCGACGUGCACUUGCAACAGGAAUCACAGCCUCUGGUGGUAGUAUUGGUGCUGUGAUUUUUCCAAUAAUGUUUCACAGACUUAUAGGCCCCCUUGGUUUUGGCUGGACAACUCGCGUUAUUGCGUUUAUCGCGCUGGCAGGGCAGGUAUUUGCCUGGUCUGUAAUGAAACAGCGUCUACCACCUCCCAAACAGACCCGGUCACUACUUGAUCUCCGCGCAUUCCGAGAGCCGAUAUUCGUCGUCUUUAGUUUUGGUCUAUUUUUCUCCUUCGUGGGCCUCUACUUCCCCUUCUUCUAUCUACCGAGCUUCUUCUCGUCUUCUCUGCAUGCGAGCUCCAACAUAUCGUUCUACAUAAUUGCUGUUCUAAACGCCUCCUCCGUCUUCGGGCGGAUCACGCCAGGCUUAAUCGCGGACCGUAUCGGUUCUUUGAACACACUUAUCCCCAUCAGUCUGAUCGCAGCGAUUUUGUCUUUCUCCUGGAUCGGAAUCCAUAAUGAAGGUGGUGCGAUUGUGUUCGCGUGUCUGUAUGGCUAUGCCUCUGGGGCUAUAGUCUCCUUGCCGCCCACUAUCAUUGCACGGUUAAGCCCCGACAUGGCUACUGUGGGGACCCGCAUGGGAAUGUGCUUUACUUUUGCGGGCACGGGUCUGUUGAUUGGGAAUCCUAUUGCAGGUGCUUUGUUGGAUUUGGAGGAUGCCAUGUUUUGGAAAGCCCAACUUUUCACCGCAAUCAUGGUAGUAACAGGGUCGGCAUUUUUUGUUAUGGUACGCUUAAUGAAGUUGAGACAAGACGAUGGAUGGAAAAUCUGA